CUGUCACUCUAAAAAGAUGUGUUUCAUGUUAACACGGAAACAUUAUCAGACAAAUAAAGCUGUCAGGACGAAAAUAUCUUUUUUUUUUCCUCUGUUCCCCAGACACCUUUUUGCAUCGGAGCGUUUUAAUACUCGUGGAAACUGGAUUGUGUUUUUGGACUACUUUGAGUUUUCUUCAACUUUAUAUCGUCACAAACGUAUAAGUAAAAACCGUCUUCUAGUGUUUUUUUUUUUUUUUUUUUCUGUAUUUUUUUUUUCGUCACGUCUCAUGGAAACCACACCCGUUCUGGGCUUUCGUCUGUCGCUUAAACAGAGAUACUUUGCUCUGCUGUGUGUGGCUGUUGCUGGGAUUAUUUUUUAUCGGAUGUCAAGGAAAUAUCCACAAGCCAGACACAUCAGCUAUAUGGAGGGUCUGCGGACCAACUAUUCUCAGUUCAGUCUGAACGGAAAACCCUUCCGUAUCUUGGGAGGAUCCAUCCAUUACUUCCGAGUUCCCAGAGCCUACUGGGAGGAUCGGCUGUUGAAGCUGAAGGCCUGUGGCCUCAAUACAGUCACAACAUAUGUUCCAUGGAACCUGCAUGAGCCGGAGCGAGGGGUGUUCAACUUUAAAGAUCAACUGGAUUUGGAAAUGUAUCUCCAUCUUGCAGCCAAGUUGGAUCUGUUGGUGAUUUUGCGUCCUGGUCCCUACAUCUGCUCUGAGUGGGAUUUAGGAGGACUACCGAGUUGGUUACUCCGUGAUACAAAUAUGAAACUGAGAACAACCUACUCAGGAUUCACUCAGGCAGUCAACUCCUACUUUGAUGAGCUCAUGAAGAAAGUUGUUCCAUAUCAGUAUUCCAAGGGGGGCCCAGUUAUUGCAGUUCAAGUGGAGAAUGAAUAUGGCUCCUAUGCUAAAGACACCAAAUACAUGGCGUUUGUGAAGAAGGCCUUAUUAUCAAGAGGCAUUACAGAGCUGCUGGUGACCUCGGACAACAAGGGAGGGCGAGUCCUUGGAGGAGUGAAAGGAGUACUACAUACGGUCAAUUUUAAGAAAUUUGACCCAGAUGACAUCAAAUUUCUGGAUGAAAAUCAUAUGCCUAAAAUGGUGAUGGAAUACUGGUCUGGCUGGUAUGACGUUUGGGGGGACCUUCAUCAUGUAUAUACUGCUGAGGACAUGGUGCCUGUGGUCACAAAGAUCCUUGAAGUGGGCAUGUCAAUCAACCUCUACAUGUUCCACGGAGGGACAAAUUUUGGCUUCAUGAGUGGGUCAUUUCCCCUUCAACCACCAGCAACAGCAUCUGUUAUAACAAGCUAUGAUUACGAUGCUCCUUUAUCCGAGGCUGGAGAUUACACCAGCAAGUACCAUCUUCUGAGGAAAUUAUUCGGCCGCUAUCACAAUGACAGUCUCCCUGAACUACCCUUUGUUCACGAGAAGGUGGCAUACCAGCCUAUUGUCAUGCAGAAACACCUGUCACUGUGGGACAGUCUGCAAUACACACACAAGCCUGUGAAAUCAAAGACACCAGUGAACAUGGAAAACCUUCCACUCAACAAUAACAAUGGUCAGUCAUAUGGCUACACCUUGUAUGAAGUCAACAUCACCAGUGGAGGAACCCUUAACUCCAAGAACAACAUCAGAGACAGAGCACUGGUUUUUGUGGAAAAAGAAUUCAUUGGUGUUCUGGAUUACAAAAAACUAGAAGUUUUUAUCCUUGAUGGAAAGGGAGAUAGAACUCUCAGUUUACUGAUAGAGAACUGUGGAAGAGCAAAUUACGGGACCACCCUGGACGAGCAAUGCAAAGGUCUUGUUGGAGAUAUCGAGCUGAACAGUCAGAUCCUCCAAGACUUCAUUAUUUAUAGCCUGGAUAUGAAGCCAGGCUUUGUAAACAGAAUGCACGCGGUGCCAGCAAAGUUCCGGCAUUUUAAGGCCAUCCAAGUAAUGGCUAGAGAGGAUGUGGAUGACACCGAUUCAUCUUCAGAGUUCAGGCCUUUGGGUGUCUCUGUCAAAGCAGAGGUCUUUCCCAGGGUUUUUCCAGGCCAGGAUGACUUUAGACGACCGUCCUCGAGACACCUUCAUCACACUCCCUGGUUCAAGCAAAGGUGUGGUAUUCAUCAAUGGCAUAAAUCUUGGACGCUACUGGUCCGUUGGUCCUCAGCAAACACUGUAUGUCCCAGGCCCUUGGCUUCAAACGGGACACAAUGAGGUCAUAGUAUUUGAAGAGCAGCACACAGAUGGGAGGAUCCAGUUUUCCAACAAGCCUGACUAUGGAAUGACUGUUGAUCACAACUGAGGACAGAAUGAUUGUGGGAACAGGAGAAGAAGAGGUUGUCUGGAGAGUCGCACUGGGUAACAGGACUGAGGCGACUGCAGAGCACAUGAUCUACUCAGGCAACAUUGUAUACAUUGCAUACUCCAAAGUAUAUAUAUAUCAGCAAACAUGCCAUUUUCUAUACGAACAGAAAAUAAUUUUUUUCAGAGAAUAAGUCAUUUUAUUUUUUUAAUAAUUUCGGAGAUCCUACAAACAGUGUGACUUAUAGUCCAAAGAUAUCACAAUUUUAUUGUUAAUAAGAGUUAAAAUUAUUUAUUGUAGGGCUUUCCCAGGAAUCAAAGCAUGAAACAAAAUCAACACUAGUAAUAUAAGAGUAAAUGGCAAUAAUAAAAAGUACACAAUAACAAAUCUCAGAAAUCACAAA